AUGGCCACCGCGCAACUCGCCUGCACGUACGCCGCACUCAUCCUCAGCGAGUCCGGUAAGGCCGAUGCCGACUCCAUCUGCGCCGUGGCCAAGGCCGCCGGUGUCGAGGUGAGCAACGGUAUGGCGGCCGCCUUCGCCAACGCCCUCGCCACCGUCAACGUGAAGGAGGUGCUGGGCUGCAUCACCUUCGGUGGUGCGGCCGCUGGUGGCGCAGCUGCCCCCGCUGCAGCUGCAGCUGGCGGCGCGGCCCCGGCAGCGGUAGAGAAGAAGGACGAGCCCGAAGAAGAGGCUGACGAUGACAUGGGCUUUGGUCUGUUCGACUAG